AUGGGUCCAGCCUUGCUGGAAACUGAAUCCAUUGCGAUGGUGUUGAUCGACGAAUCGAAAUAUGGGUGCAUCUCAGCGGAAAAAGUUGAUGACGAUUUUUGCUUGAUUUUGAACAGGUUCCCCGAAAAGCUACCCGAUUUCGUUCCUGAUUUCUCCACCCUGAUGUCAGGACCGGAUGAACAAGCUGAAGCUCUACACUUCACCACAGUGCAAGGUGUACCGCCUAGUUAUGGUCCUGUAGUGCAAUCAUGGGUAAGAGAACAUGGUUUCAAUAUGGAUUUCCAGAAAAUGAUGAGACUUCUACGGAAGCUUCCUGAUCGCCCACAAUUGUUCUAUCAAAAUUGA